UCUCCUUCACAAACAACCGCUUCAUGUUGCCUUCUUCAUCCUAACACGCUCGCACUCUUCAAUUCAGAUAUCUACCCACAAGAAGAGAUGUUCUCAGCGGUGGGUAGGAGAUCCGAACUGCUCACUCUUCACUGGUUUCAAACUCAAAAGACAUAUUCCCUCUAUUUCCCCACUCUUCCUCCCCUUCCCUUCUCUACCCAAAUCCUAAUCCAGACCUCCACAAAUGACAAAAUCAACAACCCCUAUUCGAUCUCCUGCCAAUUUAUCAUCCUCUUCUCAUUUGACUCCCAAAGAAGUACUCAGAUUGCAUUCCCCACUUCCCCAGAAGCCCAGCAAAAUAUCCUUCAGAGUUCUUUGCGCCCAAUCUUCAGACUCUGAGCAGACCCGCCAUUUUAUCUCAAUUCUUCGGUCAGUCCCUGACUGGGCAGACGGUAUAAAGGAACGGGGAAUGCAGAAAAAAAGAUCCCUCUAUGACCAUGAGACCUGGGUUCAGCAUCGGAGCUCUCUCCGCCAUGUCCGCCACCUAUUGUCGAGUAUGUCUUCUCGAGUGAUUCUCUCUUUGAUACCACCAGUGUUUGUGUUCACGUCUGUUGCAGUGGCUAUUGCAAGCUAUAAUUCGGCCGUUUCAUUGCAUUGGUUGCCGGAGUUCUUUCCCUUGUUGAGAGCAUCUUCUUUGCCAUAUCAAUUGACGGCACCCGCUCUUGCACUUUUACUGGUUUUCAGAACGGAGGCAUCCUAUUCGAGGUUUGAAGAGGGGAGGAAGGCAUGGACGAAGGUGAUUGCCGGUACAAAUGAGUUUGCUCGGCAGGUGAUGGCUAGUGUAAAUAGUUCAAGUGACGUGACACUGAGGAAAGCCUUAUUGCAGUAUAUCAUGGCAUUUCCGGUUGCCCUCAAGUGUCAUGUGAUUUAUGGAUCAGAUAUCAAGAAAGACAUGCAGAGUUUGCUUGAAGAAGAUGAUCUUGUGGUAGUUCUCAGCUCAAAACAUCGUCCUCGCUGCAUUAUUGAAUUCAUCUCUCAAAGUAUUCGGUUGUUACACUUGGAGGACUCAAAGCGUACUGUCUUGGAGUCAAAAAUCUCUUGUUUCCAUGAAGGAAUUGGUGUCUGUGAGCAACUUAUGGGUAUUCCAAUACCUCUCUCAUACACUCGCUUGACUUCAAGGUUUUUGGUCCUCUGGCAUCUCACUCUUCCUAUCAUACUUUGGGAUGAUUGCAAUUGGAUUGUUGUUCCUGCCACUUUUAUCAGCGCAGCCUCUUUGUUCUGCAUUGAAGAGGUUGGUGUUCUAAUCGAGGAACCCUUUCCAAUGCUAGCCCUUGAUGACUUGUGCAACCUGGUUCAUGAUAGCAUUCGAGAUGCACUCAAUCUUGAGCAUUUGAUUCAAGGACAACUUGUCGCAAAGAGAAAGUGUCAUUCCAGUGAUCACUCAUCAAAUGGUCGGCCCAACUCUUGAGCAGCAGAUAUGUUAGUACCCAGGAAGCCAAAUUUCAAAGCCCAGCUGUUUGUUUACACGAUUAACAGCGUCUUGGCUUCUGUUCAUUUGUAAUUAAAAACCUCACAACUUAGAUAUGACAUCAGGAUUUAUUGAUUAACUUACCUUCUCUGAACCCAUUUCUGUUGCUUAUUUGUAUUUUUCUUACAAAGACUCAUUUGUAUAUAUCAUAGCAACAUGAUUCGGGAA